AUGCGAUACAGAGAGUGCACAGAAUUGACGCAAGGUUGGGGUAUAGAACUAGAAGAUCGAAAGGCCAUGAAACCAAUAGAACUCUAUCUUUUACGGCAUGUAAAUGAGGAAGAAUAUAUAUGUUCCACAACAAUUCCUGUGCUCGGAAUCAAGACCCCAGAUGUUCUCGAGUAUCCAUCCAAGAUUCAUGAUAACGCUCCAAAGCGCAAGACUGCUCAAGUUCAGUGCGUACUCCGCAACUAA